AAUGUCUCCUUUUCAUCUAUGCUCUUGUCGAAGAGCCAUGUGUUUAUUUUUGAAGUAGCAAAUAAUUUGAUUUCUUGAUUUAUUUGGUGUAAGAUAAGUGAUUAUAUAUCAAUAAUAUUAAAAUGCAGACCGAUAAUAUAAGUGUUGAUGAUUUCCUCCCAGCUAAAAAUACGAUAAAGCUGAAAAAUCUGAAACGAAGAGCGAUUUCAGAAUCAGGCGAUACAAUGGAGGUAGAGGAACAUAAUGGCAUCCAAAGCAAGCCGAAAGUAAGGCGUUCAAAGCCAAAAAAGAAGAAAAAGGAUUCUGAACCAAAUGAGACCAGAGUUAACAUGCGAAAAGUCCCAGUGCCUGCCCAUAGGUAUACCCCUCUAAAAGAAAACUGGCUAAAGAUAUUCACACCAAUAGUGGAACACCUCCUCCUUCAAGUGCGUUUUAACACAAAAACUCGUAAUGUGGAGAUCAAAGUGGGGCCGGAAACAAAGGAUGUUGCCAACUUGCAGAAGGCAGCUGAUUUUGUAAAGGCUUUCGUUUAUGGCUUUGAUGUAGAAGACGCAUUAGCGUUGCUCAGAUUGGAUGACUUAUUCGUUGAAUCCUUUGAAAUCAAAGAUGUGAAGACCCUCCAAGGAGACCAUUUAGGCCGUGCCAUAGGCAGAUUAGCAGGAAAAGCGGGAAGAACAAAGUUUACGAUAGAAAAUGUUACGAAAACUAGGAUAGUGCUUGCAGAUUCAAAGAUUCACAUAUUGGGCAGUUAUCAGAACAUUGCAUUGGCAAGACGAGCUAUAUGUAACCUCAUUAUGGGUUCUCCGCCUUCAAAAGUUUAUGGUAACCUAAGAAAUGUUGCGUACCGGGUUUCCGAGAGAUUUUAGUGGAAAUAAAAGUUAUAUUUAUAUUGUAA